AAGUAACUGGAAGAGAAUAAUGUUAUCUCUGCGCGCCCGCGUACAGUGUAAUUUUUGUCUGAUUUUGGACUGUGGCUCGGCGCGGUUGUCUCUGACGUGGAGAAGAGCACUGAAAAGCUCCUGGCUUCUGCCAGGACUACUCCUACCAGGGGGCGGGGCCAAGAUGGCGCCGAGCGCCGGGUGAGCGGCGCUGUGGCAGCGGUGAGAGGCGUUUGCUGCUCCCGGCGCCUGGCCGGCGGGGGACGCUCUGAGGUGUACCCGGGAGGAGAGCCUUUGGAGGGGCCCAUGCUCUCCAUCUCCACCCUGAGUGGCAUCCUUCCAGAGACAGGAGUUGACAUUCCAGCAUGGCCGAGGAGAAGAAGCUGAAACUCAGCAAUACCGUGUUGCCCUCUGAGUCCAUGAAGGUGGUGGCAGAAUCCAUGGGCAUUGCCCAGAUUCAGGAGGAGACUUGCCAGCUCCUGACCGAUGAGGUCAGCUACCGCAUCAAGGAGAUUGCCCAGGAUGCUUUGAAGUUCAUGCACAUGGGGAAACGACAGAAGCUCACUACCAGUGACAUUGACUAUGCAUUGAAGUUAAAGAAUGUGGAGCCACUGUAUGGCUUCCAUGCUCAGGAAUUCAUUCCCUUCCGUUUUGCCUCUGGUGGGGGCCGGGAGCUGUACUUCUAUGAGGAGAAGGAAGUGGACCUGAGUGACAUCAUCAACACCCCUUUGCCUCGGGUGCCCCUGGAUGUCUGCCUCAAAGCUCAUUGGCUGAGCAUUGAAGGCUGCCAGCCAGCUAUACCAGAGAAUCCACCCCCAGCUUCCAAAGAGCAGCAGAAGGCUGAGGCCACAGAACCCCUGAAGUCAGCAAAGCCAGGCCAAGAAGAAGAUGGACCCCUGAAAGGCAAAGGUCAGGGGGCAGCUGCAGCUGAUGGCAAAGGAAAAGAAAAGAAAGCCCCCCCUUUGCUGGAGGGGGCCCCUUGCCGCCUGAAGGCCCGCAGCAUCCAUGAGCUGUCUGUGGAACAGCAGCUGUACUACAAGGAGAUCACAGAAGCCUGUGUGGGAUCCUGCGAGGCCAAGAGAGCAGAAGCUCUGCAGAGCAUCGCCACAGACCCAGGGCUCUAUCAGAUGCUGCCGCGGUUCAGUACCUUCAUCUCGGAGGGGGUCCGAGUGAAUGUGGUUCAGAAUAACCUGGCCUUGCUCAUCUACCUGAUGCGCAUGGUGAAGGCCCUGAUGGACAACCCCACGCUGUACCUAGAGAAAUAUGUGCAUGAGCUGAUCCCAGCAGUGAUGACCUGCAUCGUGAGCAGGCAGCUGUGUCUGCGGCCAGAUGUGGACAAUCACUGGGCACUCCGGGACUUUGCUGCCCGUCUAGUGGCCCAGAUCUGUAAGCAUUUCAGCACAACCACUAACAACAUCCAGUCCCGAAUCACCAAGACCUUUACCAAGAGCUGGGUGGAUGAGAAGACCCCGUGGACAACUCGAUAUGGCUCCAUCGCAGGCCUGGCAGAGCUGGGACAUGACGUGAUUAAGACGCUAAUUCUGCCCAGGCUGCAACAGGAAGGGGAACGGAUCCGCAGUGUCUUGGAUGGACCCGUGCUGAGCAACAUUGACCGUAUUGGGGCAGACCACGUGCAGAGCCUUCUCCUGAAACACUGUGCCCCAGUACUGGCAAAGCUGCGCCCUCCACCUGACAAUCAGGAUGCCUACCGGGGAGAAUUUGGGUCCCUUGGGCCCCUUCUCUGCUCGCAUGUGGUGAAGGCCAGGGCCCAGGCUGCUCUACAGGCUCAGCAGGUCAACAGGACCACGCUCACCAUCACACAGCCUCGGCCCACACUGACCCUCUCACAGGCUCCUCAGCCAGGCCCUCGUACCCCUGGCUUAUUGAAGGUCCCUGGCUCCAUCGCCUUGCCUGUCCAGACACUGGUGUCUGCACGAGCUGCUGCCCCUCCUCAGCCUUCUCCUCCUCCAACCAAGUUUAUUGUGAUGUCCUCAUCUUCCAGUGCCUCAACAACCCAGCAGGUCCUGUCCCUUAGCACCUCAGCUCCUGGCUCAGGCUCUACCACUACCUCUCCUGUCACCACCACGGUUCCCAGCGUGCAACCCAUCGUAAAGCUGGUCUCCACUGCCACCACUGCACCCCCAAGCACAGCCCCUGCUGGUCCUGGCAGUGUUCAGAAAUACAUUGUGGUCUCCCUUCCCCCAACAGGGGAUGGCAAAAGCGGCCCCCCCUCUCAUCCUUCUCCAGUCCCUCCUCCAUCUUCUUCACCAUCCCCACUCGGGGGCAGUGCCCUCUGUGGGGGGAAGCAGGAAGCUGGGGACAGCCCUCCGCCAGCUCCAGGGACUCCAAAGGCUAAUGGCUCCCAGCCUACUGGACCUGGCUCCCCUCAGCCUGCUCUGUGAUAAUGUCAUGUUCUGCAGAUUCCUACACGCACAGACAACGCGUGAGGGAGGAGGGAGUAAGCUGUUUCCUCUAGUGACUUUUCUUUUUAGAUACUGUACAGUAAGUUCCUCAGAAUAAAAGUUGGAUUUGUAA